CGUUCACACCAAGAAAAUAGAUAUCUGAAGCACACAUGGGAAAUCUAGCUUGACAGUCAAUAGUGUCUUGUUCAGAGAACUAGGCAUUUAGUGGCCAGCGCACAGGGGAUGCGCAUCCUGUGGCGCCAAGUGUACAGAGGCUGUAAAAGUUCCCAUCCAGUUUUAAGGCGCUGCCACCUUACUUAGCUUGGUGCACCCCAGCACUUGAAGGGACGACAAGAGCAGAGAGGCAUGUCAGCACCGAAGAUAAGGUGACAGCGCACAGAUGAGAAUCAGUGAAUCAAUGACACAUAUCACAGAACUGAAUGAAUGUAUGCAACAUGGAACAACACAAAACUGUUUGUAAGAGGGAGCAACUCACAAAGGUCUCUGAUGUAAGCAAAACCAAUGAUACCUCGGAAGUGAAAUCAAAUAGUCCUCUCUGUGACAAUGGACUGAAGCCAGGAAGUAAUAAUACAGGGCUACCUCACUGGAAUAAAAUAUCCCAUCACAGACAUGAUGGAUACACUGGAACAUUAAAUGGAAAAAGGUGCAUGAAGGCACUAGUGACAGGGGGUGGAGGAUACUUUGGCUCCAGACUAGGAUUUACACUUGCCCAAAAUGGAAUAUUUACCAUCCUACUGGAUUUGCAUAAACCAGAAUGUGAUGUUCCAAAUGGAGCUGUGUUUCUUCAGGGUGAUAUAAGGGAUUAUGACACACUUUAUAAUGCUUGUGAAGGAGUCGAUUGCAUUUUCCAUGCUGCUUCUUAUGGCCUUUCAGGUCCAGAACAGCUUGAUGCAGAACAGAUCGAAUCAAUAAAUGUCGGGGGUACUAAAACUGUAAUAGAUGUGUGUAAACAGAGGAACAUCCCUAGGCUGAUCUACACAAGUUCUGUGAAUGUAGCUUUUGGAUGGAAGCCUGUAGAACAGGGGGACGAAGACACAGUGCCAUAUAUUCCUUUGCAUGAGCACAUAGAUCACUAUUCCAGGACCAAAGCCAUUGCAGAUAAGAUGGUACUAGAGGCAAAUGGAACUUUUCUAAAAGGAGGUGGGGCACUUCAUACAUGUGUGAUUCGUCCUCCAGGCAUAUACGGACCUGAAGAGAGGAGACAUUUACCACGUGUUGCAGCUAACAUAGAAAAUGGGUUAUUUCGUUUCACCUUUGGAAACUCUGCCACCAGAAUGAACUGGGUUCAUGUAAACAAUCUCGUUGAUGCUCAUAUCUUGGCAUCUGUGGCACUAACGUCUGCCAAAGGUUACAUUGCAAGUGGACAGGCAUAUUAUAUAAAUGAUGGCGUGUCUGUAAACCCUUAUGACUGGAUAACACCUCUAUUUGAAACAUUAGGCUACAGCAAACCGAGGAUAAUUCUUCCUACUUCCUUAGUUUAUGUAACAGCAACCCUUAUGGAAUAUCUUCACCAUGUGCUGCAACCAAUUGUUAAUGUUCCUGUACUUCUAACUAGGAAUGAGGUACAGAAUGUUGCUGUGACCCAUACAUUCAAGAUUGAUAAAGCCCGUAAGCACCUAAACUAUAACCCAAAGACAUACGACUUAGCUGACUGUGUGAAAUGUUACAUCAAAACAAGGCCUGAACCAAAGAAUGUACUUACUGUAUUUGUAAAAGCACUGAUGUUUGCUGGCUGCCUCUUACUUGUGAUUUUCCUGUCAUUCUCAUUUGAAAGCCCAUCUAUUACACUGUUUUCAAAAGAAAAUAUAAAAUGACAGUUCUUUUUUAUUAGAAGCUGGGUGACAGAGUAAGUUCGAAUAUGAACCCUCCAAAGGCUGAUUUUCUGUCCCAUCAGCAUUGUCCUGAACAACUUAUAUUCAAAUGUGACCAGAGUUUUAAUGGUUCUGUGAUAUAUGACAGCUUACGUAAAGAAGUAUUU